AUGUUGGUUGACAGUUAUUACUUCAUCUAUACCUAUGGGUGCCGUACCCUCCGCUCGCUCCAAAACACUGAGGUGGUUUUAUCCUUGGUGUACAAUGAGGGAAACUUCCUGUGGUACAACAGCACUGAGAACACAGUUACUGCUUACAGUGAACCUGGAUCAAAAUGGGCAAGAGAGUUCAACAGCUGGCGGCACAAGGAGGCAGAAAAAGUCAUCUCAGACUGCAGAGAGUACGGACGACAGCUGUCUGUUGUUAACAAAGCAGUGAGGCCAAGGGUCAUGCUGAGGUCACUGAGGCCGGCCAGCGGAGACCAGCCGGCCGUACUGAUGUGCAGCGCGUACGACUUUUACCCCAAACCCAUCACACUGACCUGGCUGAGGGACGGUGAGAAAGUGACCGCUGACGUGGUCUCCACAGAGGAGCUGACCGAUGGAGACUGGCAUCACCAAAUCCACUCCCAGCUGGAGUUCACUCCAGAACCUGCAGAGAACAUCUCCUGCAUGGUGGAACGUCUCAGCUUCAGGGAACCCGCCCUGUUCCACUGGAGCCACAGUGACGCCUGA